AUUCAACGAAUAACGGUACUUUCCAUCACUUAGCCUUGGUGCGGGAGUUGAGUAGUAUGGCCUUCUCUAGUCUUUAUGUUAAACGACUUUGUGAUUCACUUGUCGUGAUCAUAGGAAGUGUCGUCAUAUCUGGAAGUAUAUUCGUCCUGUUUUAUCGUAAGGAUAGAAAGAAAUUUUGUCGAAGUUCUUCAGAUUUGCCGGUUGGACUUCCAAAUCCAAGAAAUGUGUGUUACUUUAAUGCGUUGAUGCAAGCGAUUGCAGCAAAUCGAAGUCUUGUACGCCUUUUGAAACGUAGUGCUCGUAUGCGACCAGAUAAAUUCAUGUAUCGUUUAUUAUGUUUAUUAGAGGGAUUACAAUGUUCUUCUCAGUAUAUAACAGAGAAUAAAUUAGAGGUUGUAUUGAAAAGAGCACAUGAAGCACUGAUCAAUGAUAUAGUGAAUACACAAAAUUGGGCAAUUCAUGAACAACAGGAUGCCCACGAACUGUUUGGUUUCAUUAUGGAACGUAUCUGCAGUCUGGAUAAUAAUUUUCUUAGUAAAACUUCUGCUAGACUGACAAGUAAUCUUUUCAAUUUCAGUCUUCCAAAUGAUAAAAGAAUAGUUCUCUGUCGUUCGUAUUGUUCAGCUAUUGAAAGUAUAAAAUUUCGUUCAGUGCUGUGUGAUACAUUUCCAACUCAAGUAUUCGAACAAACUUUGGUGGCUAGUCGUGUCACUUGUAAUUCAUGUCACUAUCAUAGUAAAGUGGUUAUCCAGCCGGAAGCUUGUCUAACUGUAUUUCUAACUGAAGUAUUCUUCCAUCCAUUGUACACUAAAACGAGCGGGUUUACAAUUUACACGUGUUCUACCUGUUUCGAAAUUACUUCAGACCAUAUGGUGAUCUAA